AUGUCUGUUAUUUUUGAUUAGUUGGAUGUAUGCAAUUAAUUAUAACUCUAGAAUAUCUAAACAGUUAGAUUCAAAUUUACUUAAGCCAUAAAGUUGGGUGCUUCACUUUAUUUUAUUGAUAAUUAGAACUUAAAAAGACUUGUAGUUAGUGAUAAUUAGAUCACAUAAUUUACUGAAUAGGAGGCAAUUAAUGUGCUAUCUGGAGUCCAGCAAAUUUGUUCUGAUGGAAAAGUAAUAUUUUGUUUAAUGAGUAAUGGAGAUCUAUUUUCAAUUGAUUCUCAACCAAAGCAGUUAGUUUAAGGCAAAAAUUAUAUGAGUAUUAGCCCAACAACUGCAAUUGAUCAUGCUGGAAGAGGGUUUUGGUGGAAAACUAAUAAGUCAAUCUACAGUCAUUGUAAACAUAUAAGUACUUACAAAGAAAAGUUAACAUUAAUUACAAUUGGGGGAAAAAUAUUUAACAUUGAAAAUGAUGUUUAAAUACCAAUUCAUUAACUUAAUGGAUUGGGGAUUAAUGGAUAUUUUAAGAAAUCCUUAUUAUUUUAAUUUGGUGGUCUUGCUUUAACAGAAAAUGGCGAUGUCUAUUGCUACACCAAUAAAAUGAUUAAAUUAAAAAUUAAUAAUUUGGAAGAUAUUAGUGCCAACAAUAAAUUUAUAUUUGCAAUUUAAGGAAAAUCUCUUUUAUAAUGGAAUUUAGAAGAUUUUUAAUCUCAUCAGUUUUAUGUGAAUUAGGCAUUAUUUAAAAAGAUGAAUUAUGGCAAUGAAAUUACAAUCAAUUUCAAAAAAAAAGAAUUUUAAGAAAUCAAAUUUAUUUAUUCAGAUAUCCAUUCAUAAUUCUGUUGUUCUUCAUUAAGAACGAUUUAAAAGGUUAAUUAAAAUGAUUAAUCAAUGUCAGUUUUAGAUAGGACAUUUUGUAAAAGCAAUGUCUCGACUCUAAAAUAAUAACUUUUUGAUUCUUGGGAUCCCCCUACUAAAAAAAGAAAUUAAGAUAUUCGACAAAGUAAAUAAGUAAAAGGAGAUAAAACUGAAAGAUUAGAUACCAGCAAUCGAUUAACUGAUAGGUAUGAUAGAAAAGAGGACUUAUCUGAAGAAUCAAGAUUUCGUCAAUCCACAAAUAACAAUAUCCUAGACAUUUUCUUCAAUAGAUCAAACAAAUAAGAAAUCUCAGAAAUUGAAUAUAGAUCAGAAAAGAAAUAAGAAAUUAAUUAAUUUUCGAUAGAUACAACUUUUAAUUAUAAAAAAAACACUUAAUCUAAUUCUGAUAUAUUAGCUCCACUUGAGAUAACAAAAUUACCAUAAAUAGAGAAACAAGUAACAAUUUAAGUACAAGAACAACCCAAUAUCAAUAAAGAAAAUAGUUAUACAAACUAAGAACUGGAAGAAUUCUCAAUAAAACCAUCAAAAUUCUUGGAAUAAUACAAAAAUAAAUCUGAAUUACUAAUCUAACCAAAUAAUGAAGAAUGCAAAUAAGAAAUAUCAAAAAAUACUGAAGUUGUUAAAGUGCAAGAAAACUCCGAAAUCAAAACUUAAAAUUUACCAAUGCAAACUUAAUAUGCAAUAAGUUAGAAGUUGUAAUCCAUAAGAGAAAUAUAUGAUUAACCAAGAUUUAAAACUUAGAAUAAUAGUUUAUACACAUUGGAUGAAGAAAGCUCAUUCGAAUAGAGUGUUUGUCAAGAUGAAGACGAAAAAGGAAGAUUUUAUUUAAAAAGAUAAGUUUUUCUAAUUAAUGAUAUUUUCGAGACUAAAACAGAAUUGAAAACUAAUUCAAAAAGGUUAGAUUAAUUGAAAACGAAAUUAUAAUAAUAAGAAAUUGUAUCCACUUCUUUGCCUUAAGUGAGUAAUAAUUAAUUAUAAAAAAUUGAAAUACUAGACAUAGACUUACCACCUGUUCAAUCUAAAUUAAACAAUUUAAUCAAUAAGCUUUAUAUAAAACCAGAAAAAUCACUAGAUUAAGUCUUAGAGUCUUAAACAUACAAAGAUGAAUAAGAAUCAACUUCUUCCCUUAUUCCUUUUGAAUCCUAAGCUAUAAUUCCUGAUUUAUAAUAAAAAUAAAUUAAAUCGUUCUUGAAGACAGGGUAAAUUUAAAAUUCAAAACAAAAGAAAACUUUUGAAGUUAUGGAAUAACAAUCUGUUAUUGAUUACUAAAAUAAUAGUGAUUUCAUAGAAUAAUAACAAGAUAGCUUUAUGUAAAUUUUGUAGAGCGAAAAAAAGUAGGAUAAUAAUAAGAUAUAAAAUAUCAUGUAGAUAUUUGAUUAAAUAACAGUUUAACAAAAGAAAAAAAGUCCUAGUCGAUAUAAUUUAUUUAAAAAAUAAGAAUAGGAAAAUAUUUCAAAAGUUGAGGUUGUUCCUGAGAUUAAAGAAAAAGUAGAGCUAAACAAUGUCUUGACUGAAAAAUAAAUUGAGAAUAUUAUAGUUAAGAAAGAAGAUUCACCGUAGAAGCUAACUCUAAAAGAACAAAAACCUGUUUAAACUAUAUUAGAAAAUAAUACAUUUGAAUUAUAGACUCAAGAUAAAAUUGUUUUAGUGAAAAUAAUGGAGGAACCAAAGUCAAAAAAUAUUUAAUCACCUCAAAAAGAUUAUGGAGAAUAAAUAAUUUAAUUAAUUCCUAUUUCAAUGAGUGAUUCAAGAAAAGUGAAUUAAUUCACUGAUGUUAAAUAACCAGCAAUCGAUAAUAAGUCAUCUCUAAAUUUCUCUGAGUAAAAAUAAGCAGUUUCUCGUAUUAAAGUAUAACCUAUUAACUGCAGUGCUCUAAGACCAGAAAAGAACUUUACUCCCUUAAGAAGCAGAAGAGAUAGCAGUGCAAGAGGCUCAAGCAUCGAUACAAACAGAUUUAAACAAUUAUAAAUUGAGACUCAAGCUAUUGGUCCUGAUAACUGUUAUUAGCCUCUUGAUGGCAGCAAUAUUGUUUAUCAUAUUGAUUAAUCAAUUUUCGAGGAUCAAACUAAACGUACUCCAGUUGCUUAGGUAUUAGAUAUUAUUAACCUAAACUAAUUGUCUAAUUAAAAGGGCAAAGAACCAACAUUGGUAAAAGUUUAAUCAACUUCAAAAAUUCCAUAAUCCUUAAGAUCAACUAGUAUUGAACAGAAUACAAAAAAAAAGUCAGAAACAUCUCCAAUUAAACAAUUAAAAAUUCCAGUUAGACCAUUAAAUGCUGAUAAAGGAUCAAAUAUGAAACGAAGACAAUAAGAUAUUGUUUUAAGAAAAUUGUUUUUCAGAAUUGAUAUUCAUGUUAAGUUGGUAAAGUUAGAGUUUAUGUUUAACUUAAAGCAAAAGGCAGGAAAUUGA